CAUCAUCAUCACCAUAAUAGUAAAGAUUGUUUUGUACAAAAAGCCACUGUUUCUGCUCUCAAGUCUUGAUCAAUUAGAAGCGGCUUUCAAGAAGAAAAAAAAUAUGCACUAUCAAGAACAGAUGGAGUCUCUUAUGUUGGGUGAAGAACACAGACGUGGAAACUGCGUUAGGGACGCAGACGAAGGUUUUAACUCUCCGUCUUCUUUUCCUAACUCUCCUGACGAUUCGGUCCGUCGCAGUUCAUCUCCUUUAAGGAGAGGGUUGUCAAAACAUUACAAAGGUAAAUCUCAGUCAUUCACGUCCUUGUCGGAAGCUCUGACAGUUGAGGAUCUCGCAAAACCCGAGAAUCCUUUCAACGUGAAACUGAAGCAGCGACGGGGGAACAUUCACUGUCGACGGCUCUCCGGAUGUGGAGGUGCAUCGGAGCAAAACUUAGGCGUGCACGACGCUUUCCACUCCGGAAACGGUAGACCGCUGCGACUUUCCGGUAACAGAGCGCCUCUGAGAGCCCAGACGCUCUCGGCUGCUCAUAUAUCGGCAUUGCUCACUCGCACCUAAACCGGAAAGUUUUUAGC